GAAGUCCUUGCUGCUGAUGGCGGGGCAGGAGUUCUCGGUGAAGAGGUGUGAGCUUACAGUGGAUCGUCCUGGUGACGAUGGGGAGCCAGGCCUGUACGUUGGCAUUCUGGAGUUCCAUGUCGACUCGGAGCUGAAGGCCAAGGGCGAGUACACGCUGGAGUACGGCGGAGAAGGCGCCUACCGGCCACUGCUGAAGCUGAAUAUGGAUAGCCGGCCCAGCGAGUGCCAGGGCGAGGCCGCGAAGUUCUUUGGCGGCUACCUGGCGAAGGAGUGGGAGACGUCCGCCGACAGGCCUGGGGGCCAGGAG